AUGGGGGGAAACAGCAGCUCCCAGAGGAUACCCUGUCCGUCACGAGGUGGAGCGUACGAAUUCCUUACAGCCGGCGGCGAUGUUGAACCUCCGAGCUCGGACGCCACGACCUAUGAUAGCGUUACGCCCACCGGGAGAGAUGAGGAGAGAAGACGCGAAUGGAGAGAGUUGGUAGAGUGCCGGACGAAGUGGACUUGGAGCAAGGGUCCGAAGGGCAGCGACGAUCGGAGGAGGUUGAUGGUGGACAACUGGCUUAUCAGGAGAGAUGAGGAGAGAAGACGCGAAUGGAGAGAGUUGGUAGAGUGCCGGACGAAGUGGACUUGGAGCAAGGGUCCGAAGGGCAGCGACGAUCGGAGGAGGUUGAUGGUGGACAACUGGCUUAUCAGGAGAGAUGAGGAGAGAAGACGCGAAUGGAGAGAGUUGGUAGAGUGCCGGACGAAGUGGACUUGGAGCAAGGCUCUCAUGGGUUUCCUUCAGGAGCUCAGGAUUCCUCCCACGAUCCACAGACAUACCAGUUGCGGUCACUCUUCUGGAUUCCUCAAAAUGCUUGGCUGCUCCAUGGAUCAGCGUUCUCCAGCGGUCUCUGUCACAAGCCGGCUGGUUGACCUCGGUAUCUACCUGAGAGAGCUGCUGCUGAAGUUGGUCUUUGUACCUCUUGCAAUGGGACGCCACUAUCUCUCCUUCCCCGCGAGAGUUCUCCACAGAGGACUGCUUUCAGUAAUCUGGAACGGUCCAUGCGAGAUACGUGACCUGACCAGCGGAGCUGCUUUCGCAGCAAAGUGGCUUCAGUGCUUGGAAGCUGAGCCUUCUCCAGGACCUCAUUGCUGGAGACACAAGCCUGCCAGCUGA